AUGGACAUUCAUGUGGAUAAUUUGGAAGCCCAAGCAGCAAUUCGUAAUGCAUUUAGAGAUUUCACACCUAGUCACAAGUGCAAGCAUGAGUUCAUGUUGUAUAUAGCAAAGCUAAAUGACCCUAAAACUAAUGAGCUUGAUGUGAACAAUCUCCUUAAUAUAGAUGACCCGACUCCAAAUGAGAAACCUGAACCUCUAGAUACAACCCCAACCCAAAUCAGUUUAAAUGCACUGAUGGGCCACUCAAUUCCUUAG